UUUUUGAGCUAAAUCAGAAGACGCUCAUUCAGUGGUUUCAACGGAGGCAAAAGGAUCAGGAAAUGAGUGUACUCACUCAGGGACUGACUCCACUUGAUCCAAUUGCUGUGGCAGAUACGCAGCUUCCUUUGCCGAGGGGAAAAUUGGACGAGGCACCGACAACAUCAGGCCCCAAACACAAGUUUGUCUUUCCUCCAAAUAAAGAAGGACAGGCACCUCUUCUUCGACCUGGUCAAAAGUCUGCUUCUGCAACCACCACAGUUUGCUCCUUCCUGCCGGAUGCCACCACGGUGUGCUCCUUUCCACCGGCCCCCACGACGGUAUGCCCAAUCACGCCAACCCCCACCACAGUCUGCCACAUUGCACCAGCCCCUACCAUGGUGUGCCCCGUCACACCGACCUUCACCACAGUGCGCCCCAUCUCGCCAGCCUCCACCACAGUGUGCCCCAUCAUACCAGCCUCCACCACAGUGCGCCCUAUUGCGCCGGCCCCCACCACAGUGCGCCUCAUUGUAUCUGCCCCCACCACGGUGUGCUCCUUUCCACCGACCCCCAGCACGGUGUGCCCCAUUGCACCACCCCCCAUAGCACCAGAUGUUGUGCAGCCCAUUUCAGGACCUGGAUCAUUGUUUGGCACACUUGUUUUUAACCCAGUCAUGAGGUUGGUGGUAAAGCUUCCUGGGGAAAAGGGUAAAGUAUUACAGGCUAAAGCUCUCAAUGAAGAAGAACAAGAGGCUGACUCCAUUUGA